AUUCUAAUUGAAAUAUAAUUGAAAUGUAGGGUUUGCUGUUAUUUGCAACGUCAGGAAUCCCUCUUUCCUGUGUCUUGGAAGAUCUCCCAAUGAAGAUGAGCGUAGUCCUGUAAGAUGGAAGGCGGUCUAAUGAAUUAGCCGAGGGUUGGAGAACACAUGAACCCCAGCUGGAUGAGGCUCCGAUAUGUUUACGCUCUGCAUUGUCUCGGGUUGCCAUUGUCAUUCCUUCUUCCAUAGCUGCUUGGGGAGGAGAACCAGCGGAGUUUCCAGGCACUUUACGCAGCCAAUCGGAUGGUGAACCUUUGCGACGUGACCGACCCUUCGACCUUCCCUGCGGUGCACGAAGUGGCCUGCUCAGUCUUCAGGCAGAAGAAUGGGGAGAGCCAGCACACCGUCCACGCCAUGGGCCACUGCCACAUUGAUUCUGCCUGGCUGUGGCCUUACGAGGAGACGAUUCGUAAAUGCGCUCGCAGCUGGAUCACGGUUGUUCGGCUCAUGGAGAAAAACCCAGAGUUCACCUUUGUGUGCUCACAGGCCCAGCAGUUUGAAUGGGUGAAGACGCGGUAUCCUGGAUUGUAUACUGCGAUUCAACAUUUUGCCAAAGAAGGGCGUUUCAUCCCCGUUGGAGGUACCUGGGUGGAAAUGGACGGGAACCUUCCAAGCGGGGAAUCCAUGGUGCGCCAGUUCCGGCAAGGACAGAGGUUCUUCCAGCAAGAGUUUGGCAAGACGUGCUUGGAGCACAAUACCUUCCUUUGGGAAGGCCUUGACGGGUCUCAGGUGCUGGCUCACUUCCCGCCUGCAGAUUCCUACGGGCUGUCCGGUCGUGUGGAGGAGGUACGUGAAGGCGGAGGUCUCCUGCCUACUUCCCCAAAGACUUCCUUCCGCGGUGGGGGGUGUAAGGCAGUGCGGCCCCCGCUCGCAGGCAGGCAGGAGGAAAGGGAGACGCCCUAGAACGGUAUGCAAAAGGUCAAUAGGUUUGGUAGGCCUUCUUCCGAUGGCUCAAUCCAACUAAAAAGUGUAUUGUUUAUUGAUUAAUUGUAUUGUUUAUUUGGUUAUUGCUUGUUGUUUUAUGGAUGUGUUGUUGGGCUUGGCCUCAUGUAAGCCGCUCUGAGUCCCUUGGGGAGAUGGUGGCGGGGUAUAAAUAAAGUAUUAUUAUUAUUAUUUUUAUUAUUAUUAUUAAACCCAAGACAUUAAUGGGGAUUAAGAGCCAGUUGACCAUUGAUUCGAGUUGAGACUCACUCCUGCACAAAAUCACGUCA